UUCCAAACAUAAGGCUACUAAUAGAGUUACGAUCACAAAUUUCCAUCGCUAAAAGUCACCCAACAUGAGGUUCUUCUUGUCUCAAGAUAACGUGGCCCAUACAAUAUCCCUCACUUAAGACAAAAGUCACUGUAAACAUUCUAUGAAGAAAAAACAGGAACCUCAUCAAGAUGAACAACAUGAUAUUGAAAUCCUCAAGGCUGUUGCACAAGCCUGGCAUGGCCACUCCAGCAGCCGUAGAACAACAGCCGAGUUCGAUGCGCACCGCCACAAUUUCAAGAAUAAGCCAUCAAGAUUCAAGCUUGAAGCUAUGAACAGGACAACUGAUGGUGGCACAGGCAAAUGGGAUUUCAACCAAUCACUUUGGGAUUCUUAUGAGAUUCUCAAUGUGUCUAAAAAGUUAGAAGCUGGGCUAGUGCUAGACCAUCCAUUGGAUGAACCAAUCCGAAUUGGACAGAAACGGAAAGAGAGUAAGAAUAGCUUAAGAAAUUUGCUCAAUAGUGUGUCUUCAAGAAGAUAUAACGAACCUCAUUUAGACACCAGAUAAGGAUGAAUUUCUCUUACACGCAUCAAGCUCUUGAAGUUGCACAAAAGGAUGAAUAGAGAAAGAAAAACAGUUCUGCAACAUCAUUAACUCGUUUCUUGUCCCAAUACUCGCUCCUUUCGGCGAUAUUGGCUGCUGUUCUCAAAUCAGCAAUUUGCAGGUCUGAUCUGUUUUAAUACUAUCAUAUUCCCGUAUCUUUGGUCACUUUUCUACCAAAAGAUUUGUCUUCUUGCUCUUGCUCGUCUUCUCCUUUGACAUGACUUGACAGACUCGUACAUUCAUCAGCUUAGCUUGUGGUAUUUAACAGUUAGUACUACAGCAAUAAUUAAGGUUCAGUGUAUGUAUAUUAUUCUUCCUCUACUUAGUUAAAUAUUCACACUGUAUUGUUACAACUGUUUCUUGAAAUAUAUUAGGCCACAUUUACACGUAGCUUUAUUCUGAUAAUUAUGAAGGCAAAAAGAUAAAAGCCUUGGAUCAGAAAAGGCUAAUGGAAGUGUUUGCCCAAAUGGAAACCAGAUAACUUUAGAUAUAAUACUAUAUUUUAUAUUGCACAGACCAAAUCAAACGUACAAAUCUACUGAGCUCUAUGGGUACAGCAAGGUGAACAUAAAAGGUUUUCUUGAUGGAAGCAAACUGAUUGUAAAACUGGCACGUAUCCGUAUAUGCAUAGCAUACUAUAUAGAUUAUUGAAGAAGAGCGGUGCUAAUAACAUGGAACUCUUUAACUUGACACUUUGAAGGUCCUCCAUUUGUGGAGUUCAAAAUUCUUGUGCUUCUGAUUGAUGGAGCCAUCAGCUUGACCCUCAACGUUCUUCUCUUUAUCAUUCUUGUUCAAAUCAGCGGUUUCCUUAGACUCCACGAACUGAACCUUCUUCUGGGACUCUGCGUCAGGGUUCUUUUGACGAUUCAAGCUAGAUUUUUGUCCUUUGUAACCUAAUUUGUUUUUGAAAAGAGAGAAAACGCUGGGGUAGAGAGGAAUAUCAGGGUGCAUCGUUGGGGUUUUCUCCAUUUUUUUAAGAUGAUUGUGGUAUUCGUCAUCGGAAUUAGUUGAUUUCCAAUAUUGCUUGGAUCUCAUCUUUUCUUGAGCUGCUAAAGUAAUUAGCCCUUGUUCUUUCUUCAGAGUAAUUGCAGUUUGAGCAGCAGAUUUAAAAAAAGGACCAAACACACUGCCUAACAUAUUCCAAAAGGAUAGAUGCCGAGAUUUGCAACUGAAUCUGAUUCCUUCUCAUUAGUCAGUAUCCAACAGUAGUUAUUCUAUUGAUAUUUCGGCAGAGAAUCAAAAGGGUUAACUAUUUUGUAUUCUGCAAAACUUAACAUUCUUAUAUAUGAUGAUAGUGAUCACAUUUGUCGAUCUCAAGAUACUCUUUGAUAUUUAAGUUAUCUAGCAAAGAGACUCCAAUCUAUUUAAGUCAAUGUCAAAUAAUUCACUCUUAGCUACAGGUUAGCUUGAAUUAGACAUGUCAUCGAUAUUUGGAGUCAUUAAUGUUGCAAGUAUAUAGGAACAAAUGUUUUGUUGCUCGAUGAUUUCCUACUAAAAAAGAAGCAGCAGCUCCAGGUUGAUAUGAUUCCUUAAUAGUUCUACCAUUCAAAGUUUGAGUUGUCUUAAGAAUUCAGGUUCUGGACCCCUUCGAUAAAACUUUUGGGGAAAGCAUUUACUAAUAUGUUCCACUAAAUUUCCUCAGAGAGAAAUUUUAGCUGCCACGGAACUAUUAUAUCUUUGUGGAAACAGAAAAAGUUGCGCAAAUGUUUAAUGAUCUCUCAAACUUCAGCUUGAAAUUCACUAGCUAAGUCUACUUUAUCUGACAAAGCAAGCUAAAAUCAUCUUUUAAGACAUUGCAUAUUACUCCUGAGCUAUUUAAUUCCACCUUUACCUGAAUUUGUCAUACAUAUAUCAAGCUCUUGAAGUUGCACAGAAAGAUUAAUGGAAAAUGAAAACAGUUCUGCUACAUCAUUAACUCGUUUCUUGUACCAAUAUAGCAUGAUAUUGGCUACUGUUAAUCCAUUAAACUCUUCCAUUGCAGUUUUUUCCACUUUUCUACCAAAAGAUUUGUCUUCUUGAUCUUGCUCGUCCGCUCAUUUGACAUGAGUAGAGAGAUCAGCUUGGCUUGUGGUAGUUUAUAGUUAAUAAUACUACAAUAUUAAGGAUCUAUGUAUAGUAUUCUUCCUCUACUUAAUUAAGUAUCCGCACUAUAUUGUUACAACCGUUUCUUGUAAUAUGUUAGGCCACAUUUAUGCGUAGCUUUAUUCUGAUAUUUAGGAGGUAAGAGAUAAAAAGCCUUAGAUCGGAAAAGGCUAAUGGAAGUGUUUGCCGAAAUUGGUAUCAGAUGACUGUAGAUAUAAUCGUAUUAUAUUUUCUAUUAGAUAGACCAAACCAAACUUACAAAUCUACUGAUCGAGAUUUAUGGGUACAACAAGGCAAACAUGAAAAGAUUUUCUGAUGGAACCAAACUGAUUGUAAAGCAGGCAUGUAUUAUAUAUUUAUAGCAAACUAUGUAGAUUACUGAAGUAUAGUGGUGCUAAAUUGCUAAGAUGGAAACUCUUUAACAUGAGACUCUGAAGGUCCUCCAUUUGUGGAGCUGAAAACCCUUUUGCUUCUGGUUGAUGUAGCCAUCAGCUUGCGCAUCAGUGUUCUUCUCUUUAUAAUUCUUGUUCAAUUCAGCAGUUUCCUUAGACUCCGUGAACUGGACCUUCUUCUGUAACUCAGUGGCCGGAUUAUUUCGAUGAUUCAAGCUAGACUCUUGGCCUUCAUAGCUUGCAUUGUUUUUUAAAACAGAGUAAACGUUGGGGUAGCUAGGAACAUCAGGGUGCAUGGUUGGGGCUUUCUCCAUUUUUCUAAGAUGAUCCAGGUAUUCAUCUUUGGAUGCUGUUUCCCAGUACUUCAUGGAUCUCAUAUUUUCUUGCUUUGCUAAAGUAAAUAGCCCUUAUUCUUUCUGCAGAGUAAUUGCAGCUUGAGCAACAGGUAUAAAAUGGCUCAAACACACUGCUUAAAAUAUUCCCAAGUGAUAGAUGCUGAGAGUUACAAUUGAAUCUGAUUCCUGGUAGAUGCUGACCUGAGAUUUACAAUUGAAUCUGAUUCCUGAUAGAUGCUGAGAUUUACAAUUGAAUCUGAUUCCUUAUCAUUAGUCAGUAUCCAACAGUUGUGAUUCUAUUGAUAUUUCGGCAGAGAAUCAAAAGUUUAGGAACAGGUGUUAUCAUGUUACUGAUAGUUGGAGGCAUUGUUGCAAGUAUUUAGGAUCAUGCUACGUUACUCAAGGUUUCCCUCUAUAAAAACAGCGGAUUCGGGUUGAUAUGAUUCCUUAAUAGUUCUACUACUCCUAUGACAUGCAGUACACGGGCAUUCGUGUUUCACAUUUUUAUCCUUGGGCAAUCGAAAGAGGAAACGGAAGCUUCUGAAAAAUGUUACUACAAAAACUGUGAAUACACACUAUAUUUAUACUAAACUUCGCGUACUUUACCCAAAUGAUUUAAUGCAACACAGUACGGAGGCCUGGUUAGAAUGUCUAAGCCACAUAUGUUGUUUACAUCAAAUUACGUUGUGUUAUUCCAGUCAAGUGAUAUAUUAAAUGAGAAUUAAUCUUAACUAUA